UUUCGUUUUACAGUUCUCGGAUGAGAUUACUCACGCAGUUACCUGUCUUGCACUCUCAGGGUGUGGCCAAUGUGAAAUCACUAUAUAUACCCAUCAAGCACAGAGCUGAGCAGCUGCAGCAGACAAAGUUAACACUCCUGGUGUACAUACUUGUAUUGACCCAAGAUCAACAUGAGUGAAGAGGAACCAAAGCCUCAGGAGGUCUCAGAAGAAGAGGGAUCUGGCUGUGAAUCAGGGGAGUUGGACGGAGACGGUAAAGGGAAUGGAGAAGGGAAAAAGAAGGGUAAGAAGGGAGGGAAAGGUAAAGGAGGGGAGCACGGCCACGGAGGAGAGCAUGGAGGAAGAGGAGACCAUGGAGGAAGAGGAGACCGUGGAGGAAGAGGAGGUGGAAGAGGAGGCGGAGGAAGAGGAGGGCAUCACUGAAGUGCUUAUUGUCACGUGCACUCCCACUGCUUCUGAAUAAAUGUUUCAUAAUAUAGUGA